AUGCGAUUACUACUGAGUGGCCUUGAUGCUGCUGGUAAAACAACUAUGCUUUACGCUGCGAAACUUGGUGAAGUCGUUACGACAAUUCCAACUAUUGGUUUCAAUGUGGAAACAGUCCUUUAUAAAAACAUACAAAUUGUCUCUUGGGAUGUUGGUGGUCGAGAUAAAAUUCGAGCGCUGUGGCGUCACUAUUAUCAAGAUACAUCAGGAAUUGCUUUUGUUGUCGAUUCUAAUGAUAGAGAGCGAAUCGAUGAAGCAAGGGUACAAUUACAUGAAAUAGCAAAUGAAGAUCUGCUACGAGAAGUACCUGUUCUCAUCUUCGCGAAUAAACAAGAUUUACCCAACGCUUUAUCUGUGAAGGAACUCGAAGAAAAACUUGAUGUGGCCAAAUUCGACAAAAGCCAACGCAAAUGGUUUAUACAGCCUACAAUAGCUAUCCAGAAGAAAGGUAUUCAAGAAGGUUUUCAAUGGAUGGCCGAGACUUUAAAUCCCAAAGCUGAUCUUAAAGCGCCAAUCACUGAAACAAUGAUGGACUCUGUAACUAUGAAAGAUGACCUGUUAAGUAUUUGGAAAUCAAGUGGUUUGAAAACAUUAACAAGCAAAUUUAUUUAA